AUUCUUCAACACAGCCUGAAGACUCUCGGCCUGCUUACUUGUCAUCUCUUUAGAAAUAGCUGUCUAGAACUCUUGAAGCACAUUUAAAGCUCUUCAUUGGACGCUAGCUGCCGUUUCUUCUGUUCUCUGCCUGUUUUCCCCCGUUCCCUGUGUAGAUGAUCCCUUAAUGCUUCAGUAAUGUUUAGCCAAGUCAAGUCAAGUGGCUUUAUUGUCAUUUCAACCAUGUGCAGUGGUACAGUGCACAUGGUUGAUCAAAAUCUGAUUGGCUGGAUCAAAAGCUGAUGGCAUUUCUCUGUUUUGACAAGUUUUCCGACACCACUGGGUGAAAUUUAGCUGCAAAUCAUGACAGAGCACCCACUGUGUUUAACAGACAGCUGUAAACGCUCACUGCUGUUCCUCUUUCCUGAACUCUUCCGUACAUAUUGGAUUCAUCAGUCCAGACCUUUUACCACUUUCUUGUGUAAUUUGGCACACCUCAGCCCAAUGUUGAGGUUGUUCAAGUACUUUAUGUGGGGAAUGUAGAAAACAAAUAUUUAAUAUUUGACUCCAUGUUAUGUAGUAUAAAACAGACUACAGCACACACACACACACGUACAGUACAACUACCUGAAAUUCAUAUUUAUUGACUGUACUGGGUGUACUUAGCCACCCUCCAUCACUACCCGACAGGAAAAACAAGAAGCAUUCCAAGCUUGUCUAAUGUAAUAAUCCUACCAGCCCUUUAUUGUAUUAUUUUCCUGGAAAAGUCUCAUAAUUCAAAUCUGUGCACAACUCCAAACAUUUACUGUUUGAGUUGAUAUUUAAUUCGUGUCAAACAGAGCAGUAGCUGGCUUCACAAGGACUAUAGAAGGGAGACCGUUUUAAACAAAACAAAUAAUGUGACAAGAAGACCAACCCUCUGUUUCAUAAUAUUUGUUGUAACACAGCAAGGUGGUGCCCUGAAGGAGUGGCAGAGACAGUCUGCCUUAAAAGGGAGGUAGUCCUCUGGAUGGAGGAAGACUAAACUAACUACAGCAGUGCAAACGUCUGCUCCUAGGACUUGAAGUACAGUUAGGAUUUUUUAGGAUUUUUUGUUCUAGCACUGAUUGUAUAUAUAAUGCUGACUGCAUGAGGCCUCUAUAAACCCCCCAAAGAGGCUUGACAUUGAGAUUUUUAAGACAGCUGGACUUCUGGAAUCUGUCUCUUUGUUGCUUCUCGUCAUCAUCAUCCAGACAUGGGGUUCUGGAUUAUUUUCCCCAUCUGUCUUUCCCUGGUGUCCUUCAUUGGAACGUGGAGUGUAUACGGGCUAGCCUUCUCCAACAAUCAUGUGUGCGCCCUCACUGACUGGGGUAACGGCAACUACUGCAGGGUGAAUUAUACUGAUGCUGGAUGCUGCUGGGUUCCUACAAUAAGCUCAAGUGGAACAUAUCCACCAGAAAAUUCACUUUUUACAGCCACAAUCAACGCCGGAUCCUUCAUGUUUUUGCUGUUCUGCAUAUUCCACCAUGCCCAUAUUAUGGAGAGGCACUCGAGUCAGUCCAUGAUGAGCAAAUUUGCACUGGUCUUCGGUGUGAUUGCAGCCAUGGGGGCAUUCGCAGCCGGAAACUGCAACCCGUUUCACGUGUCACUCCUUCACUACCUCGGGGCUGCCAUCAGUUUCAUGUGCGUGUGCUUCUACACGUGUAUCCUCACCGUGCUGACACGGAAGUGUGCGCUCUCUGGAUAUGAAAAGGUUCUCUACCCGCUGCGAAUCAGCUCCACUGUGAUUCAAGUAAUUGUGACCAUCAUCUAUACUGUCUUGUUCAUUCAGAGCGAGUACUUCUACAUCCACCUGUCUGCAGUUUUUGAGUGGAUGCUGAGUAUGAACCUGGAGCUGUUUGAGCUCAGCUACGCCGUGGAAUUUUUCUUCUUCUCGUCAUAUAUGCUCUCAAAUCUGUUGAACAAACGAGAGGAGGAAAAGCCUUUGAUGAUGACGAUGUCCUGAUAUAAGGCUGCCAGGAUCCAGCGGAAAGAUGCAGAAAGGGAGGAUGGAUUAAGUAGGACAUCUGUUACUACAGUGGCUGGAUCGUGGCUAGAGGACCAAUAGUGUUUUGUUUUGGUUUUUUCCUAGUCUUUUCUUGGAAGGAUUUCUUUCUUCUGUCUUCUUUACUAAUUUUUUUUUUCAUAUUUAUUGAACCAAACCAACUUCUACAGCAAACGAACAAACAUACCAGCUGGAUUGUAUCUCAUGCAGAUGCCCCGUCUACAGAACAGUUUACAAGAGGUGUUUUUUGUGCAAUCAUUUUUGUAAGAAUUUCUUAUUAGACAUAUAAAAAAUGAAAAAUUUGUGGAAAAAAAAAUCUCACAGAUCAGUUUUGUGUUAGGUGACAGCUCUUGCAUAACCCUUUAAGUAUUACUUUAACACGAGGAAGUCAUGCCACUGUGCUGAUAAACAUAUCUGCGUUUGGAGCUAAAAGGGUGGAGGACUUUUAUUUACACCCUUUUAAACAAUUAAAGUCUCCAUGACGCUAUAAGAUCCUGUUUGACUGGAUGAUUAACCUGAACGACAGUAAAAAUAAUAGGCGUCAUCAACCCCAGCUGGCCUAGCGAUAGAUCCUUGGACAUUACAAGCAAUCUUGGCUACAUACACUUAAGAUGAUGUUGUCAGUAUCCUUUCCAUUCCAGAGAUUUUCACUGUGGUCUGUUCGAUGUAUUUCAGUGUAUGUGUGCUUUAGAUGAAAAGCCGGAGUAAUGAUUUAUAAAUUAUAAAGUUAAAAAGGAAAGGAAAGAAUAGUUUCAUACCUCUAUGUGCCCCAUAUUAAUACAGUAUUUUGAACCAGUUUGUUUGCUUCAGAUUUAUGCAUCUGUGGCUUCUAUUGUUUUAUUCCACUCUUGAUCACUUGCCAGCACAUAGUUGGAAAAUGUAGAUGUCAUGCAGCACCAGUCACUCAGUUUGGUAAUCUGAAUAACCACCAGAGUCUCUCAGCUGGCUUGGGAACGAAGGAUGUGGCCGAGGAGAGGGAGGUCUGGGCUUUUCUGCUCCCUGUGACCCAGGCACUGAUGAGCAUCAAAACAUUUACAGGUGUAUAGUUGAAUUGUCACUUUUCAAAGUUUAUAAAGUAGCUAAAAGGUGUAGUUUUGACAUUUGUCAAAAAAAGCGUGGGACAUGCCGAGAGGUAUUCUGACAUGAUUCUAUUCAAAUUACAAAUAAAAAAACUGUACAUUUUCUAGAUUUUCACUUAAAAUGUAAAGGAUAAAUAUACUUCCAACUCUUUUGCAAAGCUGAAGUGUGUUUUUAUGGCUUCAUGCAGUAGUUUUGUUUUUGUAUUUCUUCCAGAUUCUGUCAUUUUAGCUGUUCUUCAGUUUGGGUAUAUCUGUAGAUUGUUCUACUCCACAACUUGAAUCCAGCUGUGACACACACACAGCAUCACUUCAUACUACAUUUCCCCUCUGUGUGAAACUGAAAAAUAACUUUCUCAGAAUAUACUGCUGCUACAUUUUAUUUGUGGUCGUUUCCAUCAUUUUCAACAAAAUCUGCAAAGCUCGUGAGUUUUUGGUCACUUAAUUUUUCCACAUGAGUGUGGCAUUAAGACAGCCUGAGCUGCUUCGAACAAUAGUACUUACUAAAAAGUCAGAUUUUUCUUCCCAAGAGUUGGUAAAUACCACAAAUGGGAGUCAAAACUGAAUUAAAAAUCAGCUUAGUGUUUAAGAAAGCAACUUUGCCAACUUUAAAAACCUCAAUAAAACAAGACAACACGCUUCUGGUUUUAAUGCAAAGCACUUAAACUUUACUUGAAAGAAGGUAAUAUACAUCCUGGAAUUACAGAUAAUAAAGAUACAUUAUGAGCAAAAUCAUUUCACAAUGAAUAUCAUCUUUCUUUCGCAACAACCAAGAGAGGAGUGCGACAUUAUCUACAGUUUUUGUUAGGAAGAAAACAGUGAAAAGCACACCUAAUUCUGUCGGCAUCUUUACUGUAUGGUACACUGUAAAAAAUGUCAUCUAUAUGCAGUAGUCCACAUUAUUAACCUCAAUAACAAAAAAAAAAAAAAAAAAACCAAUU